GCUACUCAACUCAUUUAUUUAUGUAUUUAUUCAUACCAAUUGCAAAUAUAUAACUUUUAGGUACAAAGUGUGAUAUACAUUUAUAGACAAACUGAAUCUAGAGUUAAUAAUUUGGAUUUCCAAACUGCAUAAUUUGUUUUCUUCUGUCAAAAACUGACUAGUAGAAGGAAAAUGUUUGCUGUCAGCAUCGGCGGGCUGGUGUAAUGAAAGGAAAGAUAACACAGAAAAAAAAUGUGACAAACUAGAAGAUUUUGCAAACUGUUACAUCCAUGUAGUAUUCAUUUAUAACAGGGUUGAUUCUCGUCAGCUGUUGCAUGAUUUCAAGUAAAAGCUUGAAGAACUUGUUAAUCGUGUUGGACAAUUUAAUUGUCCAAUUGGAGGAAGUUGUUGUCAGGUUUUUGUUUUUAUAAAGGAACUUCAGGCUCUUGCUUUCUUGAUAGUUCAUAGAAUAGAAUUGUUCAUAGAAGAAUAUUUCGGACAGAAUGAUGUUUUUCUUCAUAAAGAGUUUUGCUGCCACACACCUUAUGAUCUGGAGUUUUGUUGCUUCAUCUCAGGAUAAACAUGAGCUGUCAUACUUUGUGGGCAGCUUUAGGAAUGGCUCAUCAGAGGCACUGCUGGAGUUUGAUUCUGAUGAGGUUUUCUAUGUGGACUUUGAAAGAAAGACUGUUGUCUGCACUGGACCUUCUUCUAUCAAGGGCAAAAUAAGUGAAAUACUUCAGAGUUUAAAUCUAUACAACAGUGCAAGGAAAAACAUUGCUGUGACUAUGGCUUUGGUGGAGUAUUUUACAGCACAAACAGAGGAACAAGAAAAAAUAGAUCCUCCUGAGGAGAUGUUCCUCUACACUACAGCAGAAGUUCACUCGGGGGUAGAAAACACGAUCAUCUGCUUCGUCAGUGGUUUCUACCCACCAGCGAUUAAAGUCAGGUGGACUAAAAAUGGAAAUCCAGUGUCUGAAGGGGUGUCACGGAGUCGAUAUUAUCCCAACAAGGAUCAAAGUUUCUAUCAUUUCUCAACCCUGUCAUUUACACCGAGCGAGACAGAUGUUUACAGCUGCACCGUGGAGCAUCCAGCUCUGGAAAGUCCUAGAACUGUUCUCUGGGAACCUGAAUUCCAUCAUCAACAUCAUAAUCUGGACAUUUUCUUUGCAGUCAGUCUGGGUCUGGGUUUGCUGGGUGUUGCAACUGGAAUAUGUUUAUUCAUCAAAGCGUUAGAAAGAAGCUAAUGUUUCAGUCUUCGUGCUCCAAUUACGCUGUUACCAUUCUGCAUGACUGUUUGGGGGUCCCAUAAUUGGAGCCCAUGAUUCAGAUUCUACCUUUUAAGACGUCUAAAUAGUACAAAUGCAGAUUUAUUACAGUUUUUGACGGUUGAUAGAAUGCUUGUUAAUGUCCUGUGAGUGUAUCUACUGCUUUUAUCUGUUGCAAAACACUUAUUAAACACAGAUGACCCUUGUUUUUUUUGUUUUUGUUGUUAGAAAUGGUCACAUUUGUACUUGUUUUUUUUUUUUUUUUUUUACAAAUGUCCCAAAAAAGCUCAACCCAGAAAACCAGCA